UGAUGUGUUUUCUCUAAUUUUUUACCCUAAUAAAUACUUAUUAGUGCAGCUGCACUAUUUGGGAGGAUCGAGCGCACGCUCCUACACCGUUCGAUUCUCGCGAUGGAGCGAACUGCCAGGGAGACACGAUGCAUGUGCCGACAGGAGUUCUGGUGGGGCCAUGUGAAUAGUAAUUCCAGGGAAAAAAUCACCCCGCACCUCCGCUCCCCUUCCUCCCCAUUCUUUUCGCAGGCGACGGGAGCGAGGCGGGGCAAUUGCGGCCCUGAUUCACCGUCAAAGGAAGGCCAAUCAUGGGCGCAGCUCGCCGGCGACCACGGAGGCUGCUCCAUCGACCAGCACUGUUGGAUCUAGAGUGCAGAUGGAGCAAACGAGCCGAGGUCCCGGUGAGCAGUGGAAGACUCCUUUUUAGCUGGUUAGCAGGUGGGAUCCCUUCGUACGACUGUAGAGAGGAGCGGGUGGAACAGGUUAGGUUUCCUAGCUGGAGAUACGAGGCACAUGACUGUGUGUGUGGGGGCACGCGCGUGUCUGCGUGUGUGUGUUUUCUCCUCUGCUACUGGGAUUACACACGAGUUGUCUGAUGAAUACAUUGGAGUUGCACAAAAACACCCCAAAAGUUGCUGCCUUUUUUAAGUACAAUCAUAUA